UCCGUAAUUCAUUCAUGACCUUGAAUGCCUUUCUCAUGUGAGAGGGGUUGACUGUCACUGUGCGCUGGUCCUUUUCAUCCUCAGCUGCCUCAGAGGAUCGGGAACUCUGCUUAAUGCUCUCCUCCUCCAUGGUGCGGAGCGGCCGGGCUCAGCGCCCCGGGCCCGGCAUGGCUGCGAGCGGCCCCGGGCCGCGUCCUCCGGGCGGCUGCCGAGCGACGCGUCCCCGGCGCGCCCCGCCGCAGCCACUGCAGCCCGCGCCGCCCUCCUCCUCCUCCUUCUCCUCUCCCUCCUCUCCUCCUCCUCCUCCUCCUCCCCCUGCUCGCUCGCCGCUCGUCUCCGGGCAACAGCAGCGGCGGGGGCGGCCGCAGCUCCGCCCGGCCCGGCCCGGCGCUGGGGCAGGCCCCCGGAGCAGGUGGGGGAGCCGGGAGGCCUCAGGCUGCCCUCAGCCCGCCGCUGGGUUCCACACGGAGGUAGCGGCGGGGGGGGCUCUGGUAAGGCCAGGAAUAGCCUCCAGCCCAGCCGGACGUGGUUCUUGUACAAAUGGAGUGCUGGCACGCUGGAGGAGAGAUUCCAGGAGUGUGGGCGGCCUGGUACAGGAGGUAGCGGAGCAGCCGAGGGAUCGCAGCUCUCUGGGCAGUGCUCUGGGGACGCGCUCCGCUCCCUACCCUCGCUGGAAGAAACCACAGGCAAGCAACGAGGGCUGUCCUCAAAACUUCCCAUCUUCUCCUUUCCUACAUGAACAGCAGCCCCGCUUCACAUCAUUUCCAGUUUUGCCAAUGAUGAUGAUAAUCCAGAUAAUGGGGAGGCUUCUGGAUUUGGGCCUUCUACGAAGUCCACAAUCUACCAGGCCAAACGCUUGCUGCUGUGUAGGGAAUGUGGGCCCUUCUAAAUUGCAGGUGCUGUGCAGCCUGAAGGACUGGGCCCAGACUUGCUGUUCUUACUUUCAUCAGUAUAAACAGAGGGACUUUUGCAUAUACUUUUUUUUUCAUUUUAUUAAAAUAAUUUCCUCAAUCUUAUUCUGCUACAAUGAGGCCCUAGAGGUUAAUUAUAAAGACAAGAAACAAUUGCUUUCUUCAUUACUUUUCCAUUUACAAGAUGUGCUUGUGCAGUGGAAAGAGAUAAGAAAACCCGAAACACCUGGAGGCUAAAGGACUUUAUCAAAGCUGCAUGGGGAUGGAGAGUCAAGAGUCCUGCUGUUUAAACACCAUUUGGCAGUCCUCCCACAAACAGAAGAAAUACAAGGCCAUGAAGUCAAACCUCAUACAGGUUUCAGGUAAAAGGAAUGAUUCCUGCAUUUCCUUUUGAGAAUCCUGUUAAACUAAUUGGUUUAACACAUUAGAUCCUCAAGGACUUCCCAAGUGUCCGUGCAGUCUUACAGUCCUGAUGCACAACGUGCAAAACUAUAAGACAAGUUCAAAUCAGAGAAAAGGCAGCAAUACUAAAAAUAGUAGUAAUUUAUCUAGAAAAUGAGGGCUGGAACUUGUUUCCAUUGAAUAAGUCCCUUGACAGUCAUAAAACGUUCAAAUGCAAGAGCAAGUCCUGCAAUUGCUGCCAAAUACCUGUCUAUUUCUAUUAACACAGUUAUUUAAUAACAAAAUAAUAUGCUUUCACUAUAAAAAUCUACACUUCAAUCAACAGCCCAGGGUACGAGGCACAUAGGGUGCACCAAAACAGCAAACCUGCUUUGUCCAGCCAACACUGUGCUCUACAAAUGCCCACAGCAAACACAGGAAGGUAAAUCCCAGCAACAGGAAAGAGCAAACCAGUGAAUAGUCACAGCUGCGAUGGAAAAAAUGCACGUUCCAGUAAUCAGAGAUUACCUUUAUAGUAGCCUCACAAAAUAAUCGUGCCUGGAUAACACCACAAUGUAAACAUUUUUGGCUUGUUUUUAAAUACAAAGAAUGUUAUCUUGAAAAAGAAGCUUUUUAAAAGGAAUUAACAGCACUUGAUGGGUGGAAUUGUUCAAAAAAAAAUCCUACUAGGAAGAAUUUAGGACUAUUUGGGAUAUCUAAUCUAUU